UUUAGAGAUGUUCCUAAUAGACCCCUUUAUUUUCGUGGAUAAGGAAGGAAAUAAACAAAAUUUAACAGAAAUUGAAUUCGUGCUCAAAGUUGCAGGUCCAAUAAUAGAUAUAAUAUUUUCCGAUGUUCAACAUCUUGUUCAUCUUAAAUGGGGAGAAACGGUUUCGAAAGCAACAGCGGUUGGAAGAAAAAUCGACUUACAAGUUAUAUGCCGAGGAAAAAAUCAGGGAAAAAUUGUGGAGCUUAGCCACUCUGAGUGCGCUCGUAGAACAACUCCUACUAAAAUUAUUAGUGAUCGCAGUAAAUGCCUUAGAACAAAUAAAUCAGUUCUUGAUAAAUAUCUUUCACAUGAUCUGUCCGAUGAAAUAAUCAAAAAUUCUGCAGUCAUUGGGUUGCAGUUAGCAGCUCUAUAUGGUCAAAUAAUUGGUGUUGACUUAUUAGAUAAUGGAUUGUAUUUCGGUUUUGAAGGGCCACUAUUAAGGUUUCCUACUCAAAUCAAUGAUAUUACUGUUCUGAAACAAACUUUGGAAGCAUUAUAUUUCUUUAAGGAAAGUAUUGUUCACAAAGCAGAAGCAUUAUUGUGUCUUAAUAAGGACUCAGAUCCUUUUAGUAAUAUUUUUCACACUGAAAUAAUUUCAAAACCCCAUCACUGUAAAGCGGAUUUUAUGAGUUCAACUUAUUUUACGCCACAAAAAGAUAAAAGAAAUGAAAUAAGAUUGUUGUCAUCCAAUCAUCACAUUUAA